CGCCGCCGCGCUAGGCCCGCCCGGCGGCCCCGCGCAGUGCCCUCCGCGGGCCCGGCACUAGGCGGGCCGGAGGAUGAGCCAGCAGCCGGCGGGGAAGAUGUCGGCGGCUCCCCUGGCGGCCGAGGCGCCGGAGCCGGCGGCGGGGAUGCUCGAGGGCCGCCAGAGGAAGCUGGAGUCCAUGAUCCGCGACCCGCGCUCCCCGGUCAACGUGGAGAGCCUGCUGGAUGGCUUGAAUUCUUUGGUCCUUGAUCUGGAUUAUCCAGCACUGAGGAAGAACAAGAACAUUGAUAAUUUCUUAAAUAGAUAUGAGAAGAUUGUGGAAAAAAUCCGAGCUUUACAAAUGAAAGCUGAAGACUAUGAUGUUGUAAAGGUGAUUGGAAGAGGGGCUUUUGGAGAAGUGCAGCUGGUUCGCCAUAAAAUGACACAGAAGGUUUAUGCAAUGAAGCUUCUUAGUAAAUUUGAGAUGAUCAAGAGAUCAGAUUCAGCCUUUUUCUGGGAAGAAAGAGAUAUCAUGGCCUUCGCCAACAGUCCGUGGGUGGUUCAGCUAUUUUGUGCCUUUCAAGAUGACAAGUACUUGUACAUGGUAAUGGAAUACAUGCCAGGUGGAGAUCUUGUAAACCUUAUGAGCAAUUACGAUGUGCCUGAGAAAUGGGCCAAGUUCUACACAGCUGAAGUUGUUCUUGCUCUUGAUGCAAUUCACUCCAUGGGCUUGAUACACAGAGAUGUGAAGCCUGACAAUAUGCUUUUAGAUAAACAUGGGCAUCUGAAGCUGGCAGAUUUUGGCACUUGCAUGAAAAUGGAUGAAACAGGAAUGGUGCGCUGUGACACAGCCGUGGGAACCCCUGACUACAUCUCGCCCGAAGUUCUGAAGUCGCAGGGGGGUGAUGGUUACUAUGGACGGGAAUGUGACUGGUGGUCUGUAGGGGUGUUCCUUUUUGAGAUGUUAGUUGGUGAUACUCCUUUUUAUGCAGACUCACUAGUAGGAACAUACAGUAAAAUUAUGGAUCAUAAGAACUCAUUACAUUUCCCGGAUGACGUGGAAAUCUCUAAACACGCGAAGAACCUUAUCUGUGCCUUUUUAACUGAUAGGGAUGUACGACUUGGGAGAAAUGGGGUAGAAGAAAUAAAGCAUCACCCUUUCUUCAAAAGCGAUCAGUGGAACUGGGACAACAUUCGAGAGACUGCUGCUCCUGUUGUUCCUGAGCUUAGCAGUGAUAUAGAUAGCAGUAAUUUUGAUGAUAUUGAGGACGACAAGGGAGACGUGGAAACCUUUCCAAUCCCCAAAGCCUUCGUGGGAAACCAGCUGCCUUUCAUAGGAUUUACCUACUAUAGAGACAAUUUGUUGCUAAGUGACUCCUCUCAGUCUUGCAGAGAAAAUGAAUCUGUGCAAUCUAGUAAAAAUGAGAAAAGGCUAUCCAAAACAAUCUGCAGUGGACAGUCUCUGGCUACAGAGAACAGCAAAGGGCCGUUUCAGAAAAAACUAAGCAAGCUAGAAGAACAGCUCAGUAAUGAAUUGCAAGCCAAAGAUGAACUAGAACAGAAGUACAGGUCUACAAGUACUCGUUUAGAGAAGAUACUGAAAGAGCUCGAUGAAGAGAUAACUUCAAGGAAGAAUGUAGAGUCUGCAGUCAGGCAGUUAGAGAGAGAGAAGGCUCUUCUUCAGCAUAAGAAUACAGAAUACCAGAGAAAAGCAGAACAUGAAGCAGAUAAGAAACGCAAUUUGGAAAAUGAGGUUAACAGUUUGAAAGACCAGCUUGAAGAUUUAAAAAAGAGGAAUCAGAACUCUCAAAUAUCCAAUGAGAAAAUCAAUCAACUACAAAGACAGUUGGAUGAAGCCAAUUCUUUGCUGCGGUCAGAGUCUGAUACUGCAGCCAGGUUAAGGAAGAACCAGACAGAAAGCACAAAGCAAAUCCAGCAGCUGGAAACUAAUAAUAGAGAACUACAAGAUAAGAACUGCCUGCUAGAGAAUGCAAAACUCAAAUUGGAGAAGGAGUAUCUCAAUCUUCAGUCAGCUCUAGAAUCGGAAAGGAGAGAUCGAAGUCAUGGAUCAGAGAUUAUCAGUGAUUUACAAGGUCGAAUAUCUAGCCUUGAAGAAGAAGUGAAGAAUGGAAAGAGUGCAUUAGCCAAAUUGGAAAUGGAGAAGAGACAAUUGCAGGAAAAGCUCACAGAUUUAGAAAAGGAAAAGAGCAACAUGGAAAUAGAUAUGACAUAUAAAUUUAAAGUUAUGCAGCAGAACCUUGAACAAGAAGAAGCUGAACAUAAAGCCACAAAAGCACGAUUAGCAGACAAAAACAAGAUCUAUGAAUCUAUAGAAGAAGCGAAAUCGGAAGCCAUGAAAGAAAUGGAGAAGAAACUUUUGGAAGAGAGAGCUUUAAAGCAAAAAGUAGAAAAUCGGUUGUUGGAAGCUGAAAAGCAGCGCUCCAUGUUGGACUGUGAUCUCAAACAAUCACAACAGAAAAUCAAUGAGCUCCUUAUGCAGAAGGAUAUACUAAAUGAAGAUGUGAAAAACUUGACAUUAAAAAUAGAGCAAGAAACACAAAAGCGCUGUCUCACUCAAAAUGACCUCAAGAUGCAAACGCAGCAGGUCAACACCUUGAAAAUGUCAGAGAAGCAGUUAAAACAGGAGAAUAACCAUCUUCAGGAAAUCAAAUUAAGUCUGGAAAAACAAAACAAUGAACUCCGCAAGGAACGUCAAGAUGCAGAUGGACAAAUGAAAGAGCUUCAAGACCAACUCGAAGCUGAACAGUAUUUCUCAACUUUGUAUAAGACACAAGUUCGAGAACUUAAAGAAGAAUGUGAGGAGAAGACCAAAAUUUGUAAAGAAAUGCAGCAAAAAAUACAGGAGUUACAGGAUGAGAGAGACUCCUUGGCUGCUCAGCUAGAGAUUACUUUGACAAAAGCAGAUUCAGAACAACUCGCCCGUUCCAUUGCUGAAGAACAGUACUCUGAUUUGGAAAAAGAGAAGAUUAUGAAAGAGCUGGAGAUUAAAGAGAUGAUGGCGAGGCAUAAACAGGAACUUACUGAGAAAGAUGCCACCAUAGCCUCGCUGGAGGAAGCAAAUAGGACACUAACCAGUGAUGUGGCUAAUCUUGCUAAUGAAAAAGAAGAACUAAACAAUAAACUGAAGGAAGUACAAGAACAAAUUACAAAACUAAAAGAAGAGGAAGCAAAUAUAGGAAAUAUUAAAGCACAAUUUGAGAAACAGUUGUUGACUGAAAGAACAUUAAAAACCCAGGCUGUGAAUAAAUUGGCUGAGAUCAUGAAUCGGAAGGGUCCGGUCAAACGUGGAUCUGACACUGAUGUACGGCGGAAGGAAAAGGAAAAUAGGAAGCUGCAUAUGGAGCUGAAGUCUGAACGAGAAAAGUUAACCCAAAUGAUGAUCAAAUAUCAGAAGGAAAUAAAUGAAAUGCAGGCACAAAUAGCAGAAGAGAGUCAGAUCCGGAUUGAACUGCAGAUGACUCUGGACAGCAAGGACAGUGACAUUGAACAGCUUCGUUCCCAGCUGCAGUCCCUGCACAUCGGGCUGGACAACAGCAGCAUUGGCAGUGGGCCUGGAGAUGCUGAGGCAGAUGAUGGAUUCCCUGAAUCAAGAUUGGAAGGCUGGCUAUCACUGCCUGUUAGAAAUAAUACUAAAAAAUUUGGAUGGGUUAAAAAGUAUGUAAUUGUAAGCAGUAAGAAAAUUCUGUUCUAUGACAGCGAACAAGAUAAAGAACAAUCUAAUCCCUAUAUGGUAUUGGAUAUAGACAAACUGUUCCAUGUCCGACCAGUCACUCAGACUGAUGUGUACAGAGCAGAUUCCAAGGAAAUUCCUAGGAUAUUCCAGAUUCUAUAUGCUAAUGAAGGAGAGAGCAAAAAGGAACAGGAAUUUCCUGUGGAGCCCAUGGGAGAGAAAUCAAAUUACAUUUGUCACAAAGGACAUGAGUUUAUACCUACUCUUUACCACUUUCCAACCAAUUGUGAAGCUUGUAUGAAGCCACUGUGGCAUAUGUUUAAACCUCCUCCUGCUCUGGAAUGUCGCCGCUGCCACAUCAAAUGUCACAAAGAUCACAUGGAUAAAAAAGAAGAGAUUAUAGCCCCUUGCAAAGUGUACUAUGAUAUUUCUACGGCAAAGAAUCUACUACUGUUAGCUAAUUCUACGGAAGAACAGCAAAAAUGGGUGAGCCGAUUGGUUAAAAAAAUACCCAAGAAGCCUCCAGCACCAGACCCCUUUGCUCGAUCUUCUCCCAGAACUUCCAUGAAGGUACAGCCAAACCAGUCCAUCAGACGACCAAGUCGACAGCUUCCUCCAAACAAACCAAGCUAACUGCUUUCCGUGAAUGCAGACACAGUUCAAGGUGAUAAUUUUCUUCCCAUUACAGCAAGACUGAAACAUAUCCCAAAAUAUAUUAAAAAUAUAUAUUUUCCUGAGAGAUUGUGCUAUAUAUAUCAGAGGUUUACAUUUUUGCUGCAAUAUAAAUUACUAAUCUCUGAGGGUUUUCCUGUAUUCUCCCAACUGACUGAUCAAUUGAGGAAUGGUUGGCAAAUAGUAAAAGGAUAUGUUAGGUAACCUUUUAAACUCUGUUCCACAAAAGCUUUCUUGGCAAGACGCAUACACUACAUUUCAUAAAAGGAUCGAGAGGAAUGAAUAUUAAAAGGAAGAAACUGACUUCUCAGCUUUUGUAAAGAUGCCACCAGCACGUCUGCAAGUAGAACCGGAGCAAGAUCCACCAUAGUGAUAUAGACUGCAUCUGUAAGAAGUGACCAUUAUACUGUGUAUAUAUAUUGUACUGUAAUACUGCAAGAGGGUUUUAAAAAUCUUUCCACUUUAUUUUUUUAUGCUUAUUAAUCAGAUACCGUUACUUAUUGCAGUUGCAACUAUGCACUUGUAUAAAGCCAUACUGUUGAAGUUUAUAUCAUUCAUACACGUCUAUCAGAAGCUGCAUGUCAGUGUUCAGCAGCUAGUAUAGGUUUGAAGUAUAUACUAGUUUCAGCUAUUCGUCAUCAUGGGCAGUCCUGUUUUACCUGUCUAAUUGCCUUAAUUUAAAUUGUUUUCAAGGUUUUUUGCCCAUUCUUUCUAUUUAAGGAAAAAGAAAGUUUAUCAGCUCUUAGAAUGCAAUUUUGCUUUGUGGCAGAAAAAAUAGUGCACUAUUUUUACACCUAGUAAGUAUAUCAGUGUCAGCCUAUUUUGAAUGUAUAUCGACUGGUUUUAAGGGUGGAGAAGUUUUGGUUACAGAAACAAUGUCUGAGAGCAUUGGAAUUACCAGACCAUUUGCUUGUACAUGUAACUGCUCAUCCAGCCUGUUUUACGAACCUCAAUACUAGUUAUUGAUUUGUAUUAACCCUCAUUAAGUGCUAUGAAACUUCAUUUUGCCUUGUUUUUGCAUAUUCUCCUAGAUGUGGGUUUUUUUAUUUCUGGAAAGAAAAAGAAUCUGUGACUAUUUUUACAUUUCACAACACAAUAUCCAAGGACUGUCACAAACUUUAAGAAAAGUAAAACAUACUGUAGAUGUAUUUUAAAGUUUUAAUCUGGUUCUCUAGCACAUAGCUGUAGGCAUAGAUAAAUAUUUCAGUAGUGUGUUUUGAGAACUGAUAGCUGGGAAGAAAGGGCCUCAGAGGCACUUAAUCUGACUUUUUUUUUUAACUUGGAGUUGUACAAAAAAUAUAAUUUAUGUGGGCUCAUUCAUGAUGUGUUCAUAAUUAUCCCAGAAAAUGCAUGUUUUAUACAACUACAGUAUGCGAUGUUAAACAUAUUGACAGUAAAAAAUGUAGUCUCCUAUUUGGUCUCUUUAUAUAUAUAUAAAUAUAUAUAUAUAUUUAAAAUAUAUAUAUAUAUAAAAUAUUGUGUGGGAGUGCAGUAAUUUAAAAUAUGAUCUAACACUUCAAUGAAGGAGGACAUUUCACUUUAAAAUUUUGUUUGUUUUGUUUUUUAAAGAGUGUUGAAAUGUUUGGAAGGAUAGGACCAUGAUUUAUUUAACACUAUCAUGAAAAGUGGACUUGGAAACACUGAAAUAUUGAAAAUUAUUAAAUAUAUUUACAUUUUGUAACCUCUACUACAGUUCAGCUUAACAGAGCCAGAAUGUAUUCAGUCUUCUAUUUAUGCACUCACAAAGUAAAAUGUUGUUUGUGAGUUCUUAAAAUCGAAGCUAAAACUUUCAUAUCAUUUUUUAUUAGGUAUUCUAACCCAGCGCACAGCUACAGUGUUUUUUCCCUGCUUGUUUUGAUUUACAGAAGUACGGUAUAUUUUUAGGUAAUGCAGAUAUGCAUAGAGAACAACAUUAAAAAUGUAUACAGUAAAACUGUUUCCAUUCACUGAAUGCAUAAAUAUUUUAUAUAUAUAUAUAUAAAAAUGUUACAUUGUGGGAAGUUCUAUCCUUUUCUGAAUUGGAGAAUAUUAUAUAUAUAUUUUUAAAUAAACUAUUUGAGUAAGGUAAAAUAGUUCCUGAACUUGAGAAGCUGGUAAUUAAUUGAAUUUAAAUAUAGAGGCAACUACUGCGGCAGACAUGGGAAAGGCAAGGGCAAAGCCUGUGUGAGGAGGGAGUGCAGACUCCAGGGGAGCUGUUUGGCAGCUCUUCCACUGCUGGGGCUGGAUCCUUUGCACUUUUCUCUCCCUGGCCUGCCCUCAUUUACUGUGAAUCCCUGGGACCCUGUUAAGCCUGACAUUUCAGGAAAUGUACUAUAUUGUAGUAUUUACUGGCCACAGUUCAUACAUUACAGCAGGCUGUACUGUGAUGGUGUCGUAGAGCAGUAUGGGCUGAGGGAGCACUGGAGGUGCUGUGCUCUGACCUCGACCUCAGAGCAGGGCUAAUUUGGCACAGAUUCCUCAAGGCCAGUGGUAUGAUGUGUACCAACCUUGAUUUGUACACAGGACACAAAAGGCAAAGCUGCUCUUCUGUUCUUCUCACUUGUCCUGCUGUGAAGCUCAAGAACUCUUAAAUGCCAUUUCCUGGAGAUUGUGCUGUUUCCUUAUUGUCCAGUGGUGACCUUCUAGCAUUUUUGACAGAAGGGCAUAUUCAUGAACUAAGGAAUAUUAGUCUUGAAAACCACUGAUGUUUAAACACUUUCAUUUUGUAGCAGGAUUGUGCCAGCAAACAGGACGUUUUUAUGGCCUGAAUGAUUUAUCUAUAGAAAAUUCUUUCACUGCAAGUCCUUUUGUUUCACAAGAGUAAACAAGCAGCAUAGCCAAGCUGCAGAUUAACCUUUUGGAAAAAUCAGGGGUCACGCUUGGAUCCAGAAGCUCCAGACACUUGUAAUGAAGUUGCUCUUUAGUUCCCAAUCACCAGCAGAGAAGCUGGACAGGAAGAUCCCAUUGGAGUUACCGUGUCAGUUGUCAGAAAGACCUUUCUGCAAUGAGAUUUCCACUUCUGUCCUAGUUGCGUGCUGCAAUUCCCUACAUCUAGUGGUUCCUGCCAAAGUGCAGCCCCUCCCAGCACUGCCAGCAAUCCAGCACCACGUCUGCUUUUACUAGAGGAAAACUGUGGUUCUUAUGCUUCUGAGCAUGAUUGAUGCUGUAACCAAAAUGUGACACAGAAUCACAUACCACGUAGGACUCGGAAACACGCAAGAGGCCCAUGGAUCUCAGCAGUCAGUGACAGGGGCGGAUUAAAAACAUCACUGAAAUUCCACUGCAAGUGUCCAGAUCUCUUACUACCUCUUGAAGGCACUGAACCUCCUGCGUUUUGACAGGCAUUCAGUGGCUCUCUGAAGGCACCAAGGUCAGGAAAGCUGCCAGUGAAAUUAUAUGGUUUUUCUCUUUAGUUUCUCAAGUGAUCAUGAGAAAUUUGAGCAUUUAUGUUUGUAAUUUUAUAAUCUAUUAGUUUCCCUUCUAUUUUUAAGAGAAUCAUCCUUGAAAGAGGAUUUAUAUAUUUUGGUCUCAAGUGCCUUUACCCAUCUUGUGCUUGUGAGGCGAUAUUUGGGAUGCUGCUGUGAAAAGGGAGAAUGUAUAUGAAAGCAAACUUCUUACCUGCAUUGCUCUUACAAACUCUUAGUGCCUCCUAAUUCUGUUUCUGAGGCAGGAGAGCAUAACAGUACAUGGUCCACUUCAGUGAACUUGAGUAUUUCAGUCUCUUCCGCAUUCCUGGAUAGUUUGCCUCAGCAUUGAUAUAAGGAUUAAUUUAUUUUAUCAUAGAAUCAGAGACUAUCUCAAGUUGGAAGGGACCCACAAGGAUCAUGGAGUCCAACUUCCUGCUCUUCCCAGGACUACCUAAAACUAAACCAUAUGACUAAGAACAUCAUCCAGACACUCCUUGAACUCUGACAGGCUUGGUGCCUUUUCAGUGCAUUACAGUUUUUUAUGGACGGUCAUCUCUGCACAUAGUACACUUUAAAUUGAAAACAUUAUUUGUUAUUUUUAAGAUUAUCUUCUAAACCACUUAGGGUUUUAUCAGCAUCCCAAGGAUCAUGCGGUUUUGCCUACUGCUUUGAAGUAUCCUCCAUAAGAGUGGGAAGAAGUCUUCUUUUGGAUCUCUGUAAAAGAUGUUGAUGGAAUAGUUCUGAAACUAAUUUGUGUUCUUUGUUGAAGUUGCCUUUAAAGUGGACAGGAAUAUACUCAGACAUUCUCAUCUGAGAAAUGAGAUGAGUCUGUUGAAAUGUAUGUGGCUGAAAAGAGCAGUGUGGCUUAACACAUUGAGACUAGUUGUCCCCAGAAACUACUGCAGUGAAUGGAAAAUCUCACUGUAAACCCACAGCUCCAAGAAGUGGGGAUGCAGAGGAACUGUAAUUUAUUGGCACAGGGAUGCUGAUUACCAGGCCUUAUUAAUGAAGAUUGGCAAUUGGAGUCUUUGCCCCUUUGUAGGAAGGAAGCAUUGUGUUAUAAAGGUAAGAAAGACAAGUUACGGCUUGCUAAUGCAAGGGUGAAGCCUUGGGUUUGACUGCAGGAGAAAAGUGAUCUUUCAAAAGGAAAAUCACAGUGAAAAGUAGUGAAAUUUCAAAGUUACAAAUGUAUGCAGUCCUGCACACCUUAAAGAAAUCUGGAAAUACACAAUGUCAGCCUAAAAAGAUAGGGCAGAGAGAGCAGUAAUUUCAUUUGUUGGAGGAGCUACAUAGAAAUGCUUUCACAGCCAAGACAAACUGCAUGUGAUGCUUUGGUCCUAUUGCCCCAUUUUGAGGUCGAGGCUUUCUGUGUUUUUCAGAGGUGUGACCCUGUUUGUACAGUCUUACAUUGUGUACCAGUGGGCCUCAUAGGUCAUCUAGUUCUUGUCACUUGCCAUUGCUCUUGGGGUGUUUUUUGCCCAGGAUGCUGUUGCAGCACUUGGUAAGCAUGGCCACCCAAUAAGUACGUCAGGCUUGUGAGAACAUUGCCAGUCCUUUUCUUUUGCAUCACUAACUGCUUAGACUUUCAGGCACUGAAUUGCCUUGGAUAUGUGCUACUUUUUAUUUACAAGUGAACUGAUGGAAAUGUUUUUUUGGAGGUAUCUGAGAUAUUAAAUAACUUUUUUGAGGCUGAAGGAGCCAGGAGCCCCACUGUCUGAGCCUUAUUUCAUAUCUGCUUGCCCUGGUGGUGUCUCUUGCCUCGGCUGUGUUCCACUUUCCAGUAGGCUCUCAAAGCAUGUCUUGCAGCUGGGUGCAAGUCUGGCUGCAGCUUCAGGACUUGCAUUUAUUUGCUGGAUCCCAUGGCCUCAUGUGUCUUCAUGAUGUUGUCCAGCAUAUUACAAUCCUUGUGUCCUGGGUGCCAAGUAGAUUCAGUAGGAUCUGUGUAGCCAUUGCUCCCCUCUGGAGUGAUGGAAGGACUAGAUAAAUACAGUAAGGAAACUCCCAUGCAUACUUUGUAUCCUGUUCAGAGCUACAACAGUGGGAGUUGUAUUACUGGAAGGUGGGCAAACAUGCAAGCUUAAAAAAACCAACAAAGCCGAGAGAGGAAAAUAUCCUUGAGCUCAGAGAGUCCAUGAGGACUGAAAGUUGUGCCAACAGUGCAUAUCAUGGAAAAAAAUUUAAAAUCUCACAAGAUAAGUCACUCUUGAAAGUCAGACCAGUUGCUCAAAGAUGAAAGAAUUUGUUUGCAGUAGCUGGGUACUUAAAAUAUGCUUUACACAAGCUCAAUUUGUGCUUCAUUAAAGUCAUGAUUUACAUGACAGGAGGACACUGAGGCAUAAGGAUGUGUGUUCUUCCAUUUAUGAUUUUCUUAUAAUAUGAGUCAGGUCAGCAUCUUGUUACCGCUGGCCAGAGCCUCCAAAUUCCAAAGCAGAAUAAUUGUACAUCCCAGAGCAGGCAUAUGCAACUGAUGACUUGCAAUUACAGUAAGGUGGUAAGUAGAAUUGAUUUUCAGCAUGGAGCCAUGUUACUAUUCAGUUUGAAUCAGAAUUAUCAUUACCUAACUUCUCUUGUCACAUUUUAGGGUGGUGCAGGUUCAGUUCUUUACAUCAGUUUCCAGAAUACUUGACAGAUAAAACAAGAUGUCUGUCCUCUUAAAGUUCCCUCUCCGUGAGUCAGUGAUACCACAUAAUGCACAGAAGUACUUGUUUAGGCUACUGACAAUUCAAACCAGUUACAAGCUGAAAUAAUGAAACAAAAUAGGUAGUUAACAAAAUUGUGACAAGUAUUUAAAUUGUCUCUCAGGUAUCCUCAAUUAAAUUUCAUCACAAGUAUAAUUUAAAAAUCCUCUUAUUUUACCCUUGGUCCAAAGACUGGGUUAUUUUUCAAGACAGAGAUGAUGUUUGCCCCAAACCACUUCCAGUGCAGAAUGGAAUAGUUGACAUCUUUAACUCGAAAAUGUCUGUAUGUCUAUCUUGCCAUCAGGCAGGAAACACCUGAGGUCCAUGAGGACUCUGGUCUGUGAGACUGCCGAGUUCUUGCAAUUGGAUCCAUCUCAAGUGAUGAGCUGUCAGGUUCUUAGGUGAUGUUUACUGUGGUUCCUGGACACCUGUUUGACCUCAACAGCCAUCAUCUCCGAGAACUCUGAAGCAUCCUGGAGAACUCUGGUUCAAAAUCAAGCAAAUUAAAAUUCAGUACAAAUCAAGAACUUAAUAACACCUUAAGAUUUUUUUUUUUUUUGCUUCCUCACCUUCCAAACUGAGACAUCCUCAGAGCAUUGCUAGUGAUGAAGGCAACAUUUUACAUUCUGCUUUAUACAUAAAUAUGAAUUCCAAUAUCAAAGAAUUCAGAAGAGAGUGGAACAAACCAGCCUGAAGAAAAUUUGGAGGGGAGUAAUUAUUAUUUAUCGUCAUAGAAAAUACAUGGCUGGGAAACUACCUUAUUUGAGUUGAUCUCCACAUCCAUAUAUAUUCAUUUAUAAUAGUUCCUCCUGUGGGCUCUCAGGGGUUAAUUCCUUCCCACCUCUCCCUGCCUUACAUAUGUCCCUGAAUAAUAAUGAUUGUUUGGUGGAGGAUACCUCAUUUAAAGAUGUGAAUUAAGCCAUUCUGCAAGAUUUAAGCUGAUUGGGACUGUUCAGCUAAUUGUGAAUUACUUCCUCCAAAGAGUCAAACUGCACUAAAAUCGACAUUAGGAGCUGCAGCAGUUGGGGGUGUUGCUGCCUCCCCGCCCCAGUCUUUCUCUGCUCUUUAAUAGAUUAGAUUAGCAGAGCCAGAAAAGGGAGCAACUACGUGCACAGCAUAAGCCAGUGAGAGAGGCUUGGGGGUCAGGCAGGGACGGGGACUCCUGAGCAGUCCAAGCAGUGGCAUCCUGUGCUGGAUUAGAGUAACACACAGAAACACAUCUUUGUCCACACAGUUUUACUCUGCACAGAAUACCUUGUGUUAGGGAGGCCCAGAGGAUGGGUUUGAACGUGUGUUUGAUGUUCCUGUUCACUGAGGACAGUUCAGAAAAAGUAAACUGUGCAUCUUACACUGUUCACGUCCUCGCUUUCAGACGUGCAGCCUGCCGUCUCUGGAGUCAUGUCCUCAUUCCUUCCUCUGGAUAUUAAGUCUCCUGGUAAAUAUUUUCUCUCUCAUGCAGUUAAAGUGAGCUUGUAGCUUACCUGUUGCCAAAUGCCCAGUCACAGUUCAUCAUAUUCACACCUGGGGAUAUUUGGAGCUUUUCAGUGGACUGUACUGGAAUUCACAGCUUGUCUUUUCACAGGAAAGGAAACAAACUUUUUGAAAGCCCUGACAGGGCCCAGGUUUUGUCAGCCAGGACAGGACAGGGUGUGUUACCUUGUGAGCAUGUUGUGAACUGCUGCAAUUAGACACCGCGUGUGUAAUUCCACACUCGUACAGCAUCUGUGAAUGGAGCUGUAUUACUUCCAGCCCCCUGAAUACAAGUUGCUUACUGGCUUACACCCACUGCAAUAAAUCCUGCCUGCCUUUGGCCCGCUGCUGCAUUACAUAGCAAACAAUUUGUGUCCACCCUGAUACUGAUGAAUGACAAGUUUAACAAGAUUUAUCUUCCCUGUGUAUCUUGUCUAAAGCUGCUGCCUUUAAUCCAGCCACUGAGAAGAUUAUGCUUUACGUACUGGAAAACACAGGGUCUGUGCUUUCCUGGGGCUUGCCUGGAACUGGAAUGUAUGUCUGCUUACAAAAGGCAAGGAAAUUACUCUCUGGGAUGAAAAAAAAAGUGUGUAAAUAUUAACUGCUACUGUCUGAUUUGUUCCAUAUCUCUUGCAGCUUGAAUGAGAACUCAUGGUCCAGCUUUCCAAGUCCACAAAAUUACUUUACCUUAGCUCAUUAAAUACCCAGCUUUGUUUCUUUUCCUCAGGUUUGUUUUUUUUUUUCCACACAGGCUUCUAAGGAAAUUUACUCAAAAUAUGUUAAGUAUCCUAUUAAGAACUUUCUUAAAUGCGUUUUCAGCAUUUUAUGAUGAAAAAAACCAAAUUGAGUUGCUGAUUCUAAAACCAAAAAUGGAGCAGCUUCACUUUGCUGUAGCAUCACUCAGGAGUAUGAAAUAUGUCAAUGACAGAGAAGGUUUGAACUCCAUACAAACCUUUCUUUAUCAAGAGGCUUUAAUUAAAAAAAAAACUAAGUGCGUUUCUUUUUUUCAUUUUAAGAUGCUGGAGCUCUUUAGCAUUUGACAGGGUAAUAUUCAGUCUGAUGCUUCAAAUAAUUAGGGUGACAGCUGCCCAUUUAUGACUUGUAAUGAAUAUUUCAUUUUCUCUCCAUAUAUGAAAACAGAAUAAAAAAUCAAAUGCAAUGAAAAUUAACUGUAAGAAUGACAUUAUCAGUCUUGAAGAAUAGCAUUUAUUAAUACCACCUGGAAAAUGUACCACUUGCCACCUGCCACCAUAUAGACCACUUCAGAUAGUUUACACAGCUUCAGUAAAAUCAGUAACAGAAUGUUUAAUUAAUCUCUCAACCAACACAGAAAGAUUUAGAUUUUUUAUUGUAGCAUUAAAAAUGCUCAUCUUUGACUUGCCCUCAAUAAUAUGAGAUAUGUGAAAUGUAGGUCCACAGGCACACCUCUUCACACCCCUUCCCACUCUAAAAACAAAGCAGCUGCUGGUGAAAGCCCCAGUCUGAUUGCUGAGUGUUCACUGGUGGAAACAUCUGCUUUUGCACAUUCUGCUCCUCCACACUCCCACAGUUUAGCACGUUGCAAAGAAAACCUGCCUCAAAUGCAGUCACUGCAGUCUUCCCAUAGUUUCAGGAGUGUCAGGAUCAAGGGUGCCUUGGUUUUUACAUGCCAAUGAACAGAAUACUGUAAGAAGUCUCUUGAAAUGGCAUAUCUUUUCAUUUUUGAGAAUGUAAUGAGAAAUGAAGGCAAGAUAUGUGAUUACUAAUGUAACUUUUGGUUGAGAAGGCAUUACUCCCAAAGGCUAAAUCCCAUUAAUAGUUCUCAAGAAUACUCUUUUGCCCUAUUUUACUGUAAGUACUGCAAAUUGAUUAGAAUCUCUGAAGUAAAAACUUAAGUGAACUUUAGCACAGACAGGCCCAAAACUAAGGAACCACAGAUCAGUAUUACCAAAAACUGACCAACCAUGGGAGAUGAGUCUGCUGAGAUGCAUCAAGGUGCACAUGUAGCCGGGUCACUGCCACUGUGUUUGGGGAUUCUGGAUAUGGGUUCAGGAACUUCUGCUUGAACACCAUUUUUAGCUGUUGGUCGGUUUCAUUAAUUCCCAUACAUUCUAGUCUCUGAUGUUCCCAAAACAGUAUGUUCAGUGAAUGAGAGCUCAGGUUGAAAAAGAAGAAUUCAUAGUUGAGUUUCUGCUCUUAUCCAGGAAAAACUGGGUAUACUGAAGAAAGUGACCAAGGGUAUCCUGUAUCAGCUGUAUAAAUUGUACUAUUUAAGUGUUGCAUGUAAGUGUUACAAUCCCAACUGGAUUUGUGACUUAGUAAAAGACAUUUAGAACUUUAUUUUGGAUUGGGCCUUGACUCAGAUUUUCUUCAUCCUAAAAUACAGAUAGUUAAUGUCGAACUGAGUUGCUUGCAAGAAGACGAACAUCUGUUGUGGUUUUUCAGUCUUGCAGAAGAAAGACAAGUCGGUAUGUUGGUACAAAACUGAUCAUGUAUAACUGAAGAAAACUGCUUAUAUGUAACCAGAAAGUACUGAAGUGAUACAAGAAUAUAUAAACAUCUAAUUACAAAAUACCUUGUAGUAAAAAAGUCCAGAGAAAAUGUGAUAUUAGUGAAACUUGUCUGAAAUGACCAAUAAAAAUAUGCUGCUUAAAUUAA